AUGUCGAGACGAUGCGCGCCCAAGUACAGCGCUCUGCUGGGACAGCAGCCAGACACGGAAGACGCCGACGACGAGAGCGACGACGUGGAUGAUCUCGAUGACCUCGAGGAGAUGGACCAAGACGAAGACGAGCCUGACGAAGCCGAGUCGGAGUCGGAGUCGGAGGAGCAGGAGCAGGAGCAGGACGACCAGCAGGGCAUGAACAGCGAGCGCCGCAGGAUGCUCGAGGCCGACGCCGCCCCUCCGCCGGCGGCGCCCGCGCGCCAGCCGAAGGAGCCCAAACCCGUCAAGGCCGGCGCCACCACCUUCCUGCCGUCUCUCAUGGGCGGCUACUUCUCCGGCUCCGAGUCGGCGUCGGACGUCGACGUGGCGCCGCCCAAGAAGCGCCUCGGACAGCGGCAGCGCCAGGCCAUUGCCGAGCGCAAACACGGCGAGAUGGCGAACCACGUGCGGAACGAGAAGAAGAAGAAGCAGCAGGGCGGCCGCGACGACGGCUGGGACAUGAAGAGGGGUGCCGUCGACAGCGCCGAGGGCAAGGGGCGGAAACCCUGGAUGAAGGAGGGCGCCGGGGAGAAGGAGGGCGCCAAGGGCGCCAAGGGCGCCAAGGGCGGCCACGCGCCCAGGCCCGUCAUGAACCGCAAGGAGAGGAGGAGACUGAAGAUGCUCAGCAAGGAUGACCAGGGCGAGCUGCACCCGAGCUGGCAGGCGCGGAAGAGGGAGAAGGAGGCGCUGCAGAGCGCGGCGUUCCAGGGCACCAAGAUUACGUUUUAG